CCAAUUUCCAUCAUCCUUGAUCCUCAAAAAUUUUAUUGAUACGAAAAAUUGUUAAAAUGAUAGUUCGAUUUAAUCGCAAAUGAUGUAUUUAUUGCACCAAAUAAGGACUGUAGUGAAGUUAAAGUAGAGGCCUUGCACAAUGGUCAAAUUACCGUUUGCAGAGAAUACAACAAAAAGCGAUUUUUAGUGUUUAGUCAUAAGACUUGUGUCAUCUGUCUCUUCCUUCAAGAUGGCUCCUUCGCCGGAGAAUGAUAAGGAACCAAAGGCACCGGAUAAAAGUGUAGUUAGUAUUUCUAGUGAUGAUUCGAAAGUCCAUUAUAGUCAUACUAAAGACCCACAAGUGAAUUCAGAGUUUAAAUCUGCGACGUCGACUAUCAACGCCGAUGUAGAGAACAAAGACGUGGAGACAUUAGACGACGGCCAGUUGCGUGCGCUGCUAGAUGAAGCUAUCACUUACAAGUGUCCCAAGGAUCGAGAGGGGAAGAGUAGUCUAUUUAAGGAAUUGCUGGAGGAGGUGGAGCAAGACGAGGAGGCUUGCGAGGCGGCAGCGCGCGGCGGGAGGGGAGCGCGCAGGGCGGGGCGAGGGCGGCGUGAGCACCACUCCAGCUUGCAGGACCUGGUGGCGGCCAUGGCGGCGGAACCCACACCGCGACGUGCCAGGCCGCACCACGCGCACGCGGCCACCGUGUCAGCCAGGACACACCACGGCGGCAGUCUACCCUCGGGAGUCGAUACCUCGUUCCUCCUAAGCGAAGAGCCAACCCGUGGUGGAUACCUGGCGACCGUUCGCUGUGUGAACCCGCCGCCGCUCGCCGAACGUCGCGUGUCCGCCAGCGACGCUAACGGACCGCCCGAUAUCGAACUAGUCACCAGGAGGAAUAAAGCAAUGUUCCCGAUGACGUACACGGCGCGCGCUUCUCUCGAGAUCGGCAGCGGCAGCGUGGGAUCGGGCCGCGCGGUCACCACCACCACUGCCUCGAACCAGGUGGAUUCGGCAAUACCAUUUAGUUGCAUCACAACACCGGAGGUUGUGUCCACGUGCAGUCCCGCGACAACUACUCAGUCUGCGGUCGCCGUCGACGCCAAGUCUCGUGCAUUGGUGUCGAGCGCCGGAGUGGGCGCGCUCAUCGGCCGGCCCACCCACGAGAAGAGCGGCGCUGCCGACGAGUACAAGGUGCCUAUACUCACUGUGCACUACCGUUUACAGAAAUCUCUAGACGAAAACGGCAACGCGGUUCACGGAUUCGGUUCGCCGAUAUCGGGCUCUAGUCAACACAAGAAACCGAGACGGAAGAAGUCGUCCAAAAACGAGACCGUCAUCAAGUCGCACCAGAUCGACGGCUACCAGGGCAACAAGGAUCUCAACGAAGUGUUGCGAUUUAUAGAAUCCAACGCGGAGGGCGCGCGACACACGAAGCCGGGCCGCGCGAAACACAAAGAGGAGGACGACAAGGGCGGCAAGAAACGGUCGAGCGAGCGGCGGAAGGACAAGGAGAGCAAGGUGAAGCGCGCCUCGUCGCUCGAGGAGCUGUCGCGGACCAAGCUGGAGGACCUCACGGACAAGGCGCCGGCGCGCAGGAGGCCGGGCGCGUCGGGCGACGAGCGGCGCUCGGCCGACCUCGGGCCGCCCGCCGAGCCCGCGCCCGCCGAGCUCACGGACUUCCAGACCGUCACCAAGCGCCGCAAGCCGCGCCGC